AUGAGUGCGAGAUCAGAAUCCGGGUCGUCCUCGGCCACUUCUGACGUAUCAAAUGAGGGAGAAUGGCUUGACAUUGAGAACGAUGAAGAGUCCAUCACCAUUGUUUCCCUGUUCGACUCGCAGACAUUCUCUAGCUGGAACGAGAUGCUCGAUAGCUGCAAAAAGCAUCACGAUUUCGACUUUAUUGCCACCAUUAAAAAUCUCCAGCUCGAUUUUCACGGCGCGGUGAAGCUUGUCAAUUAUAUCCGCAGCCGGGUCCGGGAUCAGCAGCCCGUAGCUAAAAACCUAACCCUUGCAGACUUUGAGGACGACGGCUACUUUAAGCCUGUCCUUGAGAAUGAUGCUCUUAUCGUGUCUUUGGAUGAGAUUCUCGACAGCGACCUGGUCAAGGCCGACACAACUGCGAGCCAGUUGGACAGCUCUCAGGGGGAGCUAUUGGUGCAGAAGCAAGCUCUGGAGGCUGAGCUGGAAUCCGUCCGGACUCAGUUCUCAAAUUAUCGACUUGCUGUUCAAGAAACAUUGGAUCGUCGAUGGGGAGAUGACACGGAGCAGAGCCCAGCCAAGGCUGUCAAGGGUGAUCGCGGAAACUAUUAUUUUGAAUCCUACGCCUACAACGAUAUUCAUGAGACCAUGCUGAAGGACACAGUCAGGACUGAUGCUUACCGUGAUUUCAUUUACAACAACAAGCACAUCUUCAAGGGCAAGGUUGUGCUCGAUAUUGGCUGCGGCUCAGGAAUUCUGAGCAUGUUCUGCGCAAAGGCUGGUGCAGCUCGAGUUAUUGCUGUCGAUAAUUCAGACAUCAUUAAGAAAGCUACUGAAAACAUCUUCAACAAUGGCCUUUCUGACAUUAUCACCUGUGUCAAAGGUGCUAUCGAGGAGGUCAAGUUGCCUGUUAACGAGGUCGACAUCAUUGUCAGUGAGUGGAUGGGCUACUGCCUAUUAUACGAGGCGAUGCUUCCCAGCGUUCUCUAUGCCAGAGAUCGAUACCUCAAGCCUGAUGGCCUAUUGGUUCCCAGUUCUGGUACCAUCUGGAUGGCGCCCAUCCAGGAUACGGAGUACAUGUCAGAACACAUAUCUUAUUGGAGAGACGUCUAUGGAUUCGAUAUGAAGGCAAUGCAAGAGGGUAUUUACGAUGAUGUUAGGGUCGAAGCAAUGCCCCAAAACACUCUCUGCGGAGAACCAUACCCCUUCAAGGUACUCGACCUCCACACGAUAAAGCCUGAGGAGCUAUCCUUCACAGCUAGAUGGGAGUCAAAGCUGCUGCGACGGCCAGAUGGGCUCGACGGUUUCUUAAUCUGGUUCGAUAACUUCUUCGCCACCUCUAGAAGUGAGCCCGUGCCAGAGCCCACGACGACUCCCGAAGUGUUCGGAAAGGCGAAGAAUGGCAACGUCGCAUUCACAACCGGCCCCUCUGGCAUUGUGACUCACUGGAAGCAAGGGCUGCUUUUAGUACCACCAGAAAACCCUCCUUCCAAGCUGGAGUUGCCAGAGACAAUCUCCGGGCAAAUUACUUUUGCAGCCCUUGAGGAGAAUGCUAGAGCUUUGAGAAUCGAUGUCACAUGUUCCUCUGGAAGCAAAGAAGGGAAGAAAUGGUCCUGGAAAUUGGAGUAG